CGCGCAGUUCGCACGUCAUCAACCAUGCGCCGAAACCUUUUACGCACGCGCAAUAGUUGCAGCUGACAAAUUUCAAACUUUGCGGCGGGUAGUUGAAGCGAAGACAGAAAAAAAAAAAAAAAACAAAACACAACAAAGGUUCAUUGUCGAGGAUUUAACCAAAAGUGCUAAGAAAAUGACCAGCACACUGAAAGGCAUUACUUUAAAAGGAAGCGCGGAGAUUGUGGCCGAGUUCUUCUCAUUUGGCAUCAACAGCAUCCUGUACCAGCGGGGCAUCUAUCCUCCGGAGACAUUCACCAGAGUCACACACUAUGACAUGAGCCUUCAGCUCAACACUGAUCCCACACUGAAGAAUUACCUGACCAAUGUGGUAUCUCAGCUCAAAGAGUGGCUGUUUGAGUGCACAGUUCAGAAGCUGGUGUUGGUGAUCACAUGUCUGGAAACCAACGAGGUGCUGGAGAGAUGGCAGUUCGACAUCGAGUGUGACAAGUCAGCCAAGGAGAGCAGUGCUCCCAGAGAGAAGUCCAUUAAGACCAUUCAGGAUGAGAUCCGUUCUAUCAUUAGACAGAUAACAGCCACAGUUACUUUCCUGCCACUGCUGGAGAAGCUGUGUGCGUUUGAUCUCCUGGUCUACACGGACAAAGACCUGGUGGUUCCAGACAAGUGGGAAGAGUCAGGGCCGCAGAUCAUUGACCAAUCAGAGGAGGUGCGUUUACGUUCCUUCACCACCUCCAUCCACAAGGUGAAUAGCAUGGUGGCGUACAAGAGGACCGAAUCCGUUUAAACGUCUCCUCAACCCCAUGAGCUGUAUAUAGCACCAACCACUGCCCUUUAUAGAAAACAGCAAAUUUUACACUGCCCUGUCCUACCUCAGUGUUUGCAUCUCUGUCCGCUAUCCUGUACACUGAGAGUUCUCCUGCUUUCCCUCUCAGAACUUCACUUUGUCUCAUUUGGGUUUUUGAGAAGGAUGUGUAGACAGUCUUGUCUCCCUAAACUAAUGUAAAUAUUUCUCAUAAGCAGUGAUUUGUCUGUUAGGAACAAACUUUUCUUUACUGAUGUUUUGUCCUUUUCUCUCAAGUUGUCCAACUCUGUUUUAGAAGCUAGUGGUUUAUAUGUUAAACUUUUAUAAAAUGUCAUUAAAAAAAUAAAUGUAAUUUGGCUGUUU